GAGAACAAAUAAAACGGAGUAAUGUCAACUUCCGGUUUGAAUUUUCAUCGAUGUUUACAUUUUGUUACGACGUAAUUUGAUAAUAAUUUUUAACAGAGACGAUGUUCUCUAAUGUGACGAAGUGGUUAGGUGUUGUGGACAAUACGGUUGAAGAUGACACUCUUGCUGUCAACGCAGAAGGCGAUGAAAAACCGGUAGAAAACCCGAAAAAGUCAGACGAAGAACCAUCAGAAACGAAAACAAAAGACGCUGGUGAAGAAGCAGAGAACGAUGAUUUGAUAUCACCGCAGACAAAACAAACGCUGGAAGAAGUGUCUGCCAAGGCAAUAAGCACAGCAAAAGAAUGGGGAUCUUAUCUAUAUGGAAUCGGAAAACAGGCUUCAGUUAAAGUCACAGAAAAGGCAAAGGAACUCACAAAGUCAGUGGAGGAAAAAACAUUCCUGGGGGACUUCAGCAAAGAACAGGAGCAGUUUGUGAGUGAGAAGAAAGAGAAGGACAAGAAGUCUGAGGCUGCUGUGCCGCCCUGGGUGGGCUACAAUGAGGAAGAGGCUAUGAAGAAGCAAAUACUGGCUCUGUCACAGGACAAACGCAACUUCCUCAGGAAUCCCCCCAGUGGGAUCCAGUUCCAGUUUGACUUUGACUCUGUAUUUCCGGUUGCAAUGGCAACUCUGCAAGAGGAUCCAAAUCUGCAGAAAAUGAGAUUUGAACUGGUCCCAAAACAAAUAAAGGAGGACAUGUUUUGGAGGAAUUAUUUCUACCGCGUUUCUCUCAUUAAACAGUCCACUCAGCUGACUUCUCUAGCACAGCAAGCUGGCAGUUCUGAUGGAGCUGAGAGAUCUCAAACCUCUUCAAACAGCAGUGAAAACCACGGUGAGCGGUUUUCCCCGAAACCAGUCCAGAAGCAGGAGGAGGUAGAGGAAGUGGUGGCAAGCAGUCCGCAUGAGAAUGAGUUUGUGAGUGACACAUUCCAGGACGAGGGUCACAUCUCUGAGGAGGACCUGAGGAAGGAAAUGGAGAUGCUGGGAAUGGAGGGGGACAAGAAGGAUGAGGGAGAGAAGGUGGGAAUGUGGGAAGCCGAACUGCAACGUGAACUCCAGGAAUACGAGAUGGUGGGGGACGACAUAAAUGACGCCGACCUGGAGAGUGAAAUUCUCAAGCAGAUUGAAGAAGAAUCUGCUGCAACGUAGAACUUUGUCUGCUGAGGUUCAUUGUUGUGAUGUUUUGUUUCUGUUAUAUAUCUGGACAUUUGAUGUUAUUAUUUAUGAGAUGUACCAUAUAUUGGGAUUUCAUCAUUUCAUGUGAUGAUGUCAUACUUGCACUUUUGAAAGGUCAUUACUUUGGUUUGAAGGGUUAUGUUUAUCAAACUUUAUUUGCUGUGACAAGGUUCAGUUUAAAAAGCUAUACACAAUUUUCUACACAGCUUGUAAAGCUUUGGCAAGUAAAUAUAUGUUUAUGAACUUUUAUUUUAAGUUAUUGAUUGAAAGAGCAUCACAUAUUGGAUGUCAGGAUUUGCUGUAUUUUACAAAUACAUUCAUUGACUUAGUAGAGAUUAUCAUAGAAAAUGUAAAAAGAUGUUUUAAAAACAAUAUGGCUUGUGAUGAAUUAUAUUUAUUGAUGUUCCUAUUAUAUUUGUUUCAAAUUCUGAGCAUUGACCUGUGAUCAGUUAAAAGUUAAAAGUGUCUAGACAAAAUAAACCAGGAAAAUGUAAACUUCAUAUGCAAUACCUAAACAUUUUUGUUUUUGUUUUGUACAUUGAACAUGCAUAUGCUAAAACAUAUUAAUUUUAGUUUUGUAGUAUAUCUACUUUUAUAACUAACUUGAAAUUCUAGGGCAAAACAUUGCAAGUGGUGUAGUGCACACUUGACAUUUAUUAGUUGAAUGACCUCUGUAAUUGCUUAUCUUUGAGGCAUGUUAUGAUAUAUGCCAAAACUUCCUUAAAUGUUUUCUAAGUUUUGAUUUUUUUAUACUAAAUUUGUUUUAUAAUGACCUUAAGAUGGCGAAUAAUUAAUAUCCAAUGCUUGUCACAGAUAACUUUGUUCUUAGUUUUAUUAUUGUCUAAUGCUAUGCAGUUUAUGUAUGUGAUUACGAAAGAUACUAAAAAAGCUGAAAUGUUGCAUAUUCAGAAGCAUAUGUGCGAGUUGUGCUUUUUCAUUUAUUUUUAUUUGUUUUUUCAAUAAAAUCAUUUUGAUUGACUGAAUAUGAAUAUCCAGCAUUUAUCUGAUAUGACACUCUUUUCUUAAUUGUUUUAUUGAUCAAAGUGCACCAAGUGUCACUGAUUCUUUUCAAUUGUGACAAAAAAUAUACAAUUCAUAUUUUUACAAAUCAUUAAUAUGGUAUUCAUCAUUAAAUCCACUGUACCGUUUUUCCUGAUAUUCCAUGCAAUAGUGCCUGAUAUUGGAAGGACCAAACCAUUGUAGUGCACGUGUAAACUAAAUAUGUUUAUGUAUGAACCAGCGUGUGUGGAUAGCAUCAUGACUUAAAUCUAUGGAAGUUUGCAUCAUUUUUUAACAACUCUGUGUGUAAAUGAUCCUAUGCUGUACACAAGAUUAAAAGCAUGUGAGCCUUAAAUAUAAGGGUUAAUGCAUGUGUGUAAAUUAUCAUCCCAGAUUAGCCUGGGCAUUCUGCAAGGCUCAUCAGGGAUGACACUUUCCACCUAGACUGGAUUUUUGUUUCCAAAUGAUGUUACAUCGAAAAAUUGUGUAAAAGCGGUAAGUGUUGUCCCUGAUCAGCCUGUUCUGAUAUAUGUAGAGACUCAUUUAUGUUUACAGAAAUUUUCAAAAAAGUUUUUUUUUUCGAUACAAUAAGAAAAAAUAUUAUUUAAAAGUAUAGUUCAAACAUAUAACCUGAUAUGUUUCUCAAAGGUUGAACAAUACAACGAUCACUUUGCUGUUUCUUUUCUUGUUUUAACAGACUGUGUGUUGAUUGUUUUGGCAUUUUCGCUUAUUAUGUCAUUUGCUCUGUCUUUUUAAAGGAACACGAUCUUUUUUAAAGGUGUUUUAGCUGGAAUGUAACAUAAAAUGAGUCUCGUUUUAAGAAUAUGUUGCCUGAUGCUUGUGCGUUAAGUGUUGUCCCAGAUUCGCAUGUGUAGUCGUAACAGGAAUUUAAUGUUUUUAGAAAGUCUCAUCUAAACAGAAAAAAAAAUAUGCAAAAAUGUCGUCCCUGAUUAUCCUGCACAGACUGGGACGACACUUUACGAAAGUGCAUUAAGCCCAGUUUUCCCUUAACAAGGUCUAUAUGGAAUAUAAAUAUUAAGCUUUUGUCAUGUUGUGCUAUUGGUGACAGACCAUAGGGUUUUGUUUCUUUAUUUUGCCUUUUGGUUAGUUACUUAUUUGUAAAUAUUGUGUUAUUGAUUCGUAUUAUCAGUUGGAAUGUAUUGUGGAGAUUUGUUUAUUUCAUAAAACAUUAAAAUAUUUAAUGGUUAAA